AUGGCACAAGAGAUGACAUCAACGAAGACAUCACUCGUCACCGCAGAUGACACCGAAGACGAAGACAUUCAACAGAUCUUCGCGAAGAACUCUUUCGAUCGUUUCGGUGACGACUUGUGUGAACUCAUACUCUCCUACCUAUCACUCGACGAGCGCUUUGACUGCGAAUGUGUGUCCAAUCAGUUCCAGAGGACAGUCUUCGGUAGUGUUGUGGACAUCACUCUUACCGAGUCGUCUGCGAGUUCGCGGACGAGUGUGACUGACAUGAAAAUGUUGGCCACAAUCGGUCGCAAGUGUCCACACAUUCACACCAUUGACUGCAGAGGAAUAAGCAUCGCAUAUACGAAGCAAUUGCCGGAAGCGUUGGCCAUAUUUCGGGACAAUUGUCCGCAUUUGCGGCACAUUUACUGCAAUUUAGACACAAAUACGAAUCAAUUGAUGCCAGAGUUCGGGCCACUGGUCACAAGAAUCGGUGACAUUGGCUUAAUUAAUAUCAAAUCGCUCAGUCAUUGCCACCGAUUAUCUCGCGUACGGAUCAGUUCACUACACCGGGUCUUCGACGGCAUUACUGACCAACUUUUGGCCAAAAAUUUACACUCAAUUGAAUUGUCUAUUUAUUCACACCAUAACCACCUGUUGGGGCCGUUUGUGGCCGAGAAUGCGGGCCUCAAAAGUGUUAGAUUAGGUUUCAUUACACACAACACUCACGAGAUUCUGACCGAAAUGGCCGCACAUUUGUCACGAUUACCACAAUUGCGUGAAUUGGCUCUCGAUUUGAAUUUAAUCGACGGCCAGAACUCACUGAACGAGUCUUUGCGCACAAUUGGCCAGAAGUGCCCGCAUUUGAAGCGAUUUGCGCUUACGUUGAGAUCAGCUGAUCGUAAACUCAACGGCCAUACAAUCGAAGCGAUGAGAUAUUAUCGCCGAUUAAAGUGUUUGCGUUUAAUACUGGAUGUGGCCAUCGAUGGCGUAUUUCUGGAUCCGUUGAAACACUGCCACCGAUUAAGACAAUUGACGCUCACAUUGGCCACACGGCACGGAUUGGGCGACAGUUUUCCCGAUAAUUGCGGCUAUUAUUGGCCACGACUUCAGUACAUAUACAUUAAGACUAAUGAUAUCAGUCACGAGAGUUUGAUCCGUAUCUCAAGACUACCGGCGCUGAAAACGCUUGUACUUGAAUGCGAAAGUGGUUUCUUAGCCACUCUUCUCUAUGUCGGCAAUCAUUUGUUUAAUAAUCUCUGCGAAGACCUGUUGUCCAGAAGUGCUAAACUGGUGUCCAUUGAAAUCCAGAUGACACCAACGAAGACAUCACUCGUCACCGCAGAUGACAUCGCAGACGAAGACAUACAACAGCCACAGAUAUACGCGAAGAACUCAAUGGACAGAUUCGGUGACGACUUGUGUGGACUCAUACUGUCGUACCUUUCAUUCAACGAGCGCUUUGCAUACGAAUGUGUGUCCAAACAGUUCCAGAGGACUGUCUUCGCGAGUGUUGUCCACAUUUAUAUUGAAGACAAGUAUUGCAGAAAACCGGGAACCAAAUGCAGUGACAGCACAACUCUGACCACAAUCUGCCGCAAGUGUCCAAACAUUGACACAAUUAACUGGAUCAGCCGCUUGUCUGAUGUCUUCGACGACAACUCCGGCCAACUAUUGGCGAAGAAUUUGCGCGCAAUUGAAGUUACAUAUGAUUCAGACGUUUAUAAACUGUUGUCCGCAUUGGUGGCCGACAAUCAACGCCUCAAUACUGUUAUAUUUAAUGCAAUCUCAUUUGAAAGUCACGCGACUGUCGUCCAAAUUGGCGCACAAUUGUCACGAUUAACACAAUUACGUGAUUUGACACUCAAACUGUGUCUAACGGAGGGCCACAACUCACUGGACGCGUGUUUGCGACCAAUUGGACAGAAGUGUCCGCAAUUGAAACGAUUAGGUCUUAUAUUGGACUCAAAUUACGGCAAACUCAACGGCCACUCAUUGGAUUCGUUGCGAUGGUAUCGUAGGUUACAGUGUUUGCGAAUAAUAUUCUUUAAGGACAUCGAUGACCUAUUCCUGGAUCCGUUGAGACACUGCCACACAUUAACACACUUAACGCUCACAAUUAACAGUUACGAGCCUUUGGGCGAUAUAUUGCCGGAACAUUGGCCGCCACUUCAGUUCCUAUGCAUUCAUACUUAUGUUAUCACUCGCGAGUGUUUGGACCAAAUCUCAGGACUACCGGCGCUGAAGACACUUGAGUUGCACAGCACUCGACUCAUUGGUUUCACUGUAAAUGAAUCACUUAUUGGCAAUCAUUGUAUUGAUAACGUGUGCGACGACCUGAUGGCCAGAAAUGGGCGGCUGAAGACAAUUAAAAUGACACAAACGAAGACAUCACUCGUCACCGCAGAUGACACCGAAGACGAAGACAUACAACAGCCACAGAUUUACGCGAAGAACUCAAUGGACAGAUUCGGUGACGACUUGUGUGGACUCAUACUCUCAUACCUAUCACUCGACGAGCGCUUUGACUGCGAGUGUGUUUCCAAGCAGUUCCAGAGGACUGUCUUCGAGAGUGUUGUUGACAUCACUCUACACGACUCGAGUCGUGUGAAGAGAUCGCGGACUGACAUCAAUGACAUGAAAAUGUUGGCCACAAUCGGCCGCAAGUGUCCACACAUUCAUACCAUUGACUGCCGAAGAAUAAGCAACAGAUUCACGAAACAAUUGCCAGAAGUGUUGGCUAUAUUUCGGGACAAUUUGCGACACAUUUACUGCAAUUUAGACACAAAUACGGGUGAAUUGAUGCCAGAGUUCGGACAAUUGGUCACAAGAAUUGGCAAUAUUUUGGCCAAUGAGAGACAAUCACUCACUCAUUGCCACCGAUUGUCUCGAUUACGAGUCCACCAGUUAUGCGAUGUCUUCGACAAGAAUACCGAUGAGUUGUUGGCAAAGAAUUUAAAGAGAUUUGUGUUUUCAUACAAUAAUUCCAAUAAUAACGAACAGUUGACUGCAUUCGUGGCACAGAAUCAGUCCCUAAGAAGUGUUAAACUCACUGAUAAUAGAUAUCCAUCUCAUGAGAGUUUGAAAGAAAUGGCCGAACAGUUGUCACGAUUACCACAAUUACGGGAUUUGGAACUCGAUUUGAAGCCAACGAAAGGCCAGAACUCACUGAACGAGUCUUUGCGGACAAUCGGCCAAAAGUGCUCACAAUUGAAACGAUUGGCACUUGAAUUGAAUUUUACUGAGAAAUCCGCACUAAAAGACCAUUCAUUGGAGUCAUUGACAACUUAUCAGCGGUUAAAACGUUUGGAGUUAACACUCUUUGUGGCCAUCGAUGACGUGUUUUUGGAUCCGUUGAAACUCUGCCACCGAUUAACGCAUUUAACACUCAAUUCGUGGUCAAUGAGUGACAAAUUGUUUGUUAAUUGCGACAAACAGUGGCCACGACUUCAACGCCUUUUCAUUAGGACUGAAGAUAUCACUCGCGAGUUAAUGGAUCACAUCUCAACACUUCCAGCGCUGCAGACACUUGUAUUUGGAUCCUUUCGAGUCAAUGGUAUAAAAGCUGAAAGCCAUGAUCUCAUAGAUAAUGUCUGCGAAGAUCUGUUAUCCAAAAAUCCUAAACUGAAGACAAUUGAAAUCUUUGCAAACAAAGUCUCAAAGUUUUAUUGCCAAAUGGGACAAUGCAUAUCAUUCACGAGCACUUCUGAUGACGAGAACGACAACAACGAAGACUUAGAACAGCCCAUGAUCUACGCGAAGAACUCAUUUGAUCGCUUCGGUGAUGAUUUAUUUGGACUCAUAGUCUCGUACCUCACACUCGACGAGCGUCUGGACUACGAAUGUGUGUCCAAACAGUUCCAGAGGACAGCCUUCGACAGUGUUUUUGAGAUUACUAUUCACGACAAGAAAGCAACAAAAUCGCGGAUCAGUGUCUAUAACAGAGAAAUGUUGGCCACAAUCGACCGCAAGUGUCCAAACAUUCACACCAUUGACUGCAGAGGAAUACGGAGCACAUGUCUGAUGGAAUUCGUAGAAAUGUUAACCAUAUUUGUCUCCAAUUUGAAUCGCAAUUUGCGUUAUAUUUAUUGCAAUUAUGAUCUAAAUGUCUACCAUUUGUUGCCAUCGUUGGGACGAUUGAUCACAAGAAUCGGCGAUAUUUCGCUAAACCAGAACCAAAUGCUCAUUCAUUGUCGCGUUUCUUGUUUACGUGUCCAGCGGUUAUCCGACGUCUUCGACAACACUUCCGGUCAAUUGUUGGCCAAGAAUUUGCGGAGAAUUGAGUUGUUUCGCAAUCCAACCGAUGAUAUGCAACAAUUGUCCGCAUUUGUAGCCGAGAAUCAGUCGUUAAAAAGUUUUAAAGUCUUUUACAAUAAUUAUUUCUACAGUAAUGUUAGUCACGAGACUAUCAUCGAAAUGGCCGAACAGUUGUCACGAUUACCACAAUUACGGGAAUUGGGACUCAAUGUGCAGCUAAUGAUUGGCCAAAACUCACUGAACGAGUUUUUGCGGACAAUCGGCCAGAAGUGCCCGCAAUUGCAAAACACUUCUGAUGACGAGUACGACGACAGCGAAGACUUAGAACAGCCACAGAUGGACGCGAAGACACCGGUUGUGAUCACAGAUGACAGCGAAGAACACAAUGUCAUAAAACAGCCAAAGAUUUACUCGAAGAAUUCAUUUGAUCGCUUCGGUGAUGACUUGUGUGGACUCAUUCUGUCAUAUCUUUCGCUCGACACACGCCUUGACUGCGAAUGUGUGUCACAGCAGUUCCAGAGGACUGUCUUCGAGAGUGUUGUCGAUAUCGAGAUUCACGACAAGUAUUCACAAGAAUCGCGGAUCAGAGUCUCAAACAGUGAACUGUUGGCCAAAAUCGGGCGCAAGUGUCCCAACAUUCAGACCUUUGACUUCCGAAGAAUAGAGAGUCGAUGUGUGACACAAAUGGCUGAAGUGUUGCGUAUAUUUCGUUACCAUUUUCGGGACAUUUACUGCAAUAUUGACGGAAAUGUUCACCAAUUGCUGCAACAGUUCGGACCACUCGUCACGAGAGUCGGCAGUGUUUCAGAAGAGCGCAAACAAUGGCUCAGACGUUGCGGUCGAUUGUCUCGAUUGCGUGCGGAAUCGUUGUUCACUGUCUUCGGCGACCGACACAACCGACUGUUGGCCACUAAUUUGCAGAGAUUUGAAAUCUUUGAUUAUUUCGAAGAUCACGAAGAGUUGUCCGCAUUCGUGGCCGGGAAUCAGUCCCUAAGAAGUGUUAGAUUGAAUUUCAUUGACUGCAAUACUGACGAGAGUCUGACCCAAAUGGCCGACCAAUUGUCACGAUUACCGCAAUUACGCGAUUUGACGCUUACUUUGGAGCUAACGGACGGCCAGAUCUCACUGAACGACUCUUUGGGGACAAUUGGCCAGAAUUGCCGACAAUUGAAACGAUUGAAACUCAAAUUAAUCGCAAAUGAGUCGCCACUCAUUGGCCGCAAAUUAGAGUCAUUGAAAUUUUUGUCACGUUUGAGACGAUUGUAUUUACAGUUAUCUGUCUCUGAGGCCAUCGAUGACGUGUUGUUGGAACCGUUGAAACUCUGCCACCGAUUGACGCAUUUGUCGAUCAAAUCGUCGCAAAUGAACGACACUUUUCUCGACAAUUGCGACAAACAUUGGCCGCGACUUCAAUACCUAUACAUUAGGCCUAAGAAUAUCACUCGCGAGGGAUUGGAUGCCAUCGCAAGACUACCGGCGCUGCAGAUACUGGUGUUUAAAUGCGUUAAACUCAUGGGUCGUGUCAUCAAACUGAAGACCGGAGACCUUAGUUUUAUGGGUGAUGUCUGCGAAGAAGUGUUGUCCAAAAAUCAACUCAUCGGCAAAAUGACCGGAAAUGCGCGCAACGGAUCCCAAGACACCGGCAAUCAGACAUCGAUCGACUUCGAGAGGUAUCCGGCGAUGUAUUACUAUAGGAAUGAAUCGGAAAGCGGUGUCCACUUCAUAGUGAAUGGCCAGAGAGUGCCCACACUUCGAGCCCUCUUAAAGACGAAGAGUCCGGUGUUUAGAGAGAUGUUAGCGCGAAAUAAAGCGGUGGUCAAUGACAUCGCCGCUAAUGAAAACACUGUCGACGCCAUCAAUACUAUGAUCGGAUUCAUGUUAACCUCUUCGCUGAUCCUAACCAAUGCCAAUGAUCUCAAACUGAUCGGUGAUGUCCUCGAGUUCGCACACAAUUACCGCGUGACCCGUUUGGUGGACGCCAUCGGCAAACACUUGGAGACAUUGAUUACAGUCGAGACGAUUGAGACAAUCGCCAAAAUUGCCGACAAGUAUGGGAUGCAUGGCCUGUACGCUACGAUCAUAAGCCGAUUGUUUGAGAUGUUGGCCGUCGAUAACGUGUUAACUCUGGCCAGAGUUGCCUUCACAUACGCUCAGCCGACCAGAUCUGUUGUGUGCCGUUUCAGAGCGGCUCUGAAGACAAUGUUUGACCAAAUUAUGGCCCGAGAGUCACACGAUUUGGUUUAUUUAAAUGCUAUAACAAACAACUUAUGGCUGGAAGUAAGUAAUGAAGUGUUGAAAGAGAAGUCUAAGAAAUCAGAUGAAAAUAUGGCACAAGAGAUGACACAAAUGAAGACAUCACUCGUUAUCACAGAUGACACCGAAGACAUACAACAGCCACAGAUAUUCGCGAAGAACUCUUUCGAUCGUUUCGGUGAUGACUUGUGUGGACUCAUACUGUCGUACCUUUCAUUCGACGACCGCUUUGUCUGCGAAUGUGUGUCCAAACAGUUCCAGAGGACUGUCUUCGAGAGUGUUGUCGACAUCACUCUUCGCGAGAUAAUGCGAAAGAAAAUCACCGAAAAUUUGGUCACAAUUGACCGCAAGUGUCCACACAUUCACACCAUUGGCUCCCAAAGAAUGACAAUCAAUGAGUUCCAGAGAUAUCAAGAUAACCGACAGUUGUGUCCAUUCGCUGGCGAUAAUCAAUCCCUAAGAAGUACUAAAUCUGCGAAUAUAUGCGAAUCUCACGAGAGUUUGGUUAAAACCACUGAACAGUUGUCACGAUUACCGCAAUUACGGGAUUUGAAACUCGAUUUAAGCCUAAACUACGGCCAGAACUCACUGAACGAGUCUUUGCGGACAAUCGGCCAGAAGUGCCCGCAAUUGAAACGAUUGGCACUUAUAUUGAGAUCUAAAACAACUGUCCGAUUAUAUCACCACUCAUUGGAUUCGUUGAUAUCUUAUCAAAGAUUAAGACGUUUUGAUUUAAAACUUUGUGUGGAAAUCAACGACACAUUUCUGGAUCCGUUGAAACUCUGCCACCGAUUAACGCAUUUAACACUACAUUCGUGUCAAUUGAGUGAUAAAUGGUUUAUUAAUUGUGACAAACAGUGGCAACGACUUCAAUACCUAAACAUUAGGACUGAGAAUAUCACUCGCGAGGGUUUGGAUCACAUCUCAAGACUACCGGCGCUGCAGACACUGGUGUUUGAAUGCCGUCAUUUCAUUGGUUAUCAGAUGACUGCUAACCUUAUUGGCACACAUUUCAUGGAUAAUGUUUGCGAACACCUGUUGGCCGGAAGUGCUAAACUCAAGACCAUUGAAAUCCGUAGAUUUAAUGUUAAGAGAGAAAGUGUUAUCAAAGUACCAGAAGAAUGGUUUAUAGAUAGCAGUGAUAAUACAAAUGACAAUUCAUUAGACAGUAAUUCACACGAAUCACAAGAAUCGGCAAUAAUUUCCGUAUUUAAACAAAUGACCGAUUCUUACGGUUUGAAUCAAUUGGAGUGCAAUCGGAUCCGAGACCUGAUGACAGCCUCUAAGAUAUACGAGUAUUCACUCAAUACAAGGAUACGUAAGAUAACAGAUCACAACGAGUACAUCCGUGUGACUGACCGCCGAAGCGAAUGGCAGAUCCAAUAUCUUAUCGACUUUACGCAGAAAUUGCGUUCAUUUAGUGAUAAUAUCUGUUUUGAGGAUCAGUUAUCGCUUGUCAAGUAUGGCUGGUUUGAUGUCAAUACCAUCCGGAGUAUUGUCUUCUACGACACCAGAAGCGAGUGUUUUGGCAUUAAUCUGGUCAGUGGUUAUUUAUAUCUCAAAGACUUGAUUUCAUUACAACGAGUGUCACAACAGUUCAGCCGUUGUUCACAACAAGUGCUGCAGAAGAAGACAGAAGUGAGCGUUGGGUUCAAUGAUCUGAAGGCGGACUCAAGUUUGAGACAUUUUAAACGCAACUUUAAAGUCAAAGACUGGAACCGCAUUGAUAUCACACCAGCGAUCAGUUUCAUUGGUAUUAAUUUGGUUUUGAAUCACAACCGCAACCAAAAUAUGGAGUCAAUUGUCCGUCAAUUCCGAGACGUGAAGAAGUUAUAUCUGUCCACAACUGUAAUCAGUUUCAAGACAUUAGAGCUGAUCGUCAAUCAGUGGCCACAUCUCGAAGAACUCUUAGUCUAUAACAUAGAUAUCUAUGACUCGAGUGACAAAACUAUCACCGAAUGGACACAACUUCUCAUUAAAGUAAAAUAUAUUACUAUCGGAGUACUGACCAACUGUUUGUCGGCAAACAUCCAAUCCUUAGAAAUCGGUUUGACUUCAGCGGACAGUCAGGCAAUGGAUGUGAUCACAAAUGGCCAGAUAUAUGCGGCCAAUGGUGUCCUUAAAGACACUAUCGCUUUAUGGCCUAAAGUGUUCACCGAAUCGGUGGUCAAAUGUGGCCAAAAUGUUGCCAAAUGUCCGCAAAUUGAGUGUCGAUCACAUGUAUUAUUGCUCGGAGUGUUUGAAUGGAUACGAAUCAAUGGUCACAUCGAAAGGCAUAUACUGGAACUGUUUGCAAGUGUGGAUCAGCUCAGCAUCGCUGCCGGUAAUGAAGAUAUGAUCGAUGACUACAUCCACUUUAUAGUCUUCACACUCGAAAAUAGGCGCCGAGUAUUCCGAUUGGAUUUGUGGGCUUAUCUCAUAAGAGAUCUGAUCCGAAGAAUGGCGGCAAUGGAUAUCCCAAUGAAUGGAUGUCAAUUCAUACGAAAUAGCGAUGAAUUGGAGAAACGAAAGCAAUUGAUUGGCGAUAAUAAACGUAAAAGAGAUAAAACCCAACCAUCAGUGGUCUCGUCGACCACCGAGACAUCCAUUGUCUCGUCAUCUGAGAUCAGCUCAAGUGAUGAAAACACUAAAAUCAAUGAGUUUUUAACGCAAUUGUUGGACAACACGUUCGACGUUAACGAAGAUGAGCUGAUCCGGGAGAUUACGGACAUUGAAAAUUCAUUCAAGAAUAAUGUUAUGGAUAUUUUGGACCAGUUGUCGCGCAAAAUAACCAUAACUCCAAUGUAUAGAAAAUUAGUGGAUUAUAACGGAUUAAGAGAGUUGGAAAUUACGCGGAUUAAUGAACUCUUAAGGGCCGCCCAUAUCUACACAAUUCCCGACGGCUUUGAGACACAGAUGAAAGACUAUAAGAUCCACAGAAUCGGGAAUCAGUCAGAACUGCUCGAAUGUGUGGUCAAAGUGACCGAAAUCUCUAUUAACGCACUCAUGAGUUAUGUCAACGGUUUGCCAGCGUUUGCUGAAGUUUGCUCUGAAGAUCAGUUAGCCCUGGUUAAAUAUGGUUUAAGUGAAUUUAAUUCAAUCAGGUCGCUUAAGUAUUUGCAUAACAAUGAUAUAUACACCACACUUAAGAAUCUGAAGCACAGUUAA